GACAGCUUUCAUUUCAAAUAGAAUAGAAGUCUAUUAUGUCUGGCCCUACUCGAUGAUAUCAAUGUAAACAGACGGCUUAUCUCUGUUAACAUAGUAGGCUAUCUUGAUGUUGUAGCAAGAAAUCAUAAGCAGAAGAAACAAUAAUACCAACAAUUUCUUGUUAGAGAAAGGAACAUUAGAGAAAAAAAGGGAGGAGAGACUUGCGGACAGUUUUGAGUCUUUUUGACAUCUUCCUUUCUUUCGAGCGAAGUGGCUUGUAAUUGCAUAAGUUUUCUGGCAGAGUGCAGACCAUGGAGCAAGAAAGAGUUGAGAAAGCACGUCAUAUUGUGGUGCUAGCAGAUCAGGGACAGGGCCAUAUUAACCCAAUGCUCCAAUUCUCAAAACGCCUGGCUUCCAAAGGAAUCAAAAUCACAGUAGCUACCACGCUCUCCAAUUCCAUGGCCAUGAAUGCUGCUUUAUCUGACUCCAUAAUCACUUUUACAUCUAUAUACGAUGAUUGCUCUGAAGGCGGGCUGGUCGGCCCAGGGGGUUUCAAAGGAUUUCUAGACAGAUUCCAGGCCAGUGGCUCAACAAACCUAACUAAAUUCAUUAUGGAUCAAGAACAAACAGAACACCCAGUUAAGUGCCUUGUUUAUGAUGCUAACAUUCCCUGGGCUUCUAAGGUAACAACCCAAUUUUGCAUAGCUGGUGCUGCCUUUUUCACUCAGUCAUGUGCUACUGCUGCUACCUACUAUCCCUUGUACUGUGAGCUUUAUGAAAAGACUUGUCUUUCCAUGCCUAGUUUUCCAGUCAUGACAGAAUUGCCGAAGCUCAGGUUUCCAAAUCUGCCAUCUCUUGGUUCUAGCACUGGUCGGUAUCCCCCAAUAAUCAUGCACAUACUUGGCCAGUUUGAUAACUUUGAAAAGGCAGACUGGGUCCUCUUUAACUCCUUCGAUAAGUUGAAAGAAGAGGUUGUCGAUUGGAUGAAGAAGCUUUGGAAUGCAGUAACGAUAGGUCCAACUUUGCCAUCAUUUUAUCUUGACAAACGAGUUGAAAAUGAUGAUGAGUAUGGCUUCAAUAUUCAUAAGCCAAACUCUAGCAGCUGCAUAGAGUGGCUUGACAAUAAGAAGACUGGUUCAGUCGUCUACGUCUCUUUUGGCAGUGCAACAAAUUUGAGCGCAGAACAAAUAGCAGAAGUAGCUGAUGCUCUCAGGCAGAACAACAUCACAUUCUUAUGGGUGGUGAAACCUGAUGAACAGAGUAAGCUUCCCCGCGAUUUCACCGAAGCGACAUCAGAAAAGGGAUUGGUUGUGACAUGGUGCUCGCAGUUAGAAGUACUAUCACAUCAUGCAGUUGGAUGCGUCAUAUCACAUUGCGGAUGGAACUCAACCAUAGAAGCAAUAACCUUUGGUGUGCCUAUAGUUGCAAUGCCUCAAAUUUUAGACCAUAUAAUCAACGCGCAUUUUCUGGAAAAAGUUUGGGAGGUCGGGUUGAUAGCUAAAGCAAAUGAUGGUGGGAAAGGCGUUACUGCAAGUGAGGAGAUAUGCAGCUACAUCAGGGAAGUUUUAGAGGGAGAGAGAGCAGAAGAAAUUAGAAAGAAUGUUACUAGCUUGAAAGAAGUAGCUAAUGAGGCAAUUGACAAAAGUGGAAGUUCAGACAAGCAUAUUGAUGAAUUCAUUGCACAGCUUGAUCCUGUCUACUUGAGACAUAGAUCAAACUGCAACUGAAAUUGUAUAGUUUAUCUGACUUAUGUUCUGAAGUAUACUCUGAUGUUUGAUUUGCUUUAACAAUGUAUUUAUUCUGGUGAUUGAGCAAGCAAAAUGGUCCCCAAAAAGUCACCAUAUUUCACCAGAAUUUCGAUUUUUUGAUUGAAUGGUGAAACACUGAAAGAGUUACCAGAUUCUUGUUCCCUAACUCUUCAUAUAGCCAAUGUCUGUAAUCAAUUGACGGAAGU